GCGGAAAAGAGAAGAAAAAAAAAAUAAACAAAAUGGAAUAAAUUAGAUACAGCUAGGUAAUCCUCCCCUCUCUCGCUCCCACCCCCAAAUGUGAACAAACCAAAUUUCUACAUUUCCUCAAAAAGAAGCAGAAGAAAAAUGCCAUUUGACCCUUUUGUACAAAAAAAUUGCAAACAUUUUCGCAGAGAAAGGAACGCUAUAUGAGCAGUUUUUUUCCAUUUCGCGAAGCAUUAUAUAGUAACCAGUUUCUUGAGCAAAAUGAAGGCCUGGCCCGCGUGACGAAUUGAGGAAAGAGAGCCAGGGUGAAGCGAAAGCACAGUGCGAGCGUGGUACGCUAAACUGAAGCAUGGAAGUAUUGCCAUUUUUAUGUGUAUAUGCUUAUUCAGAGGAGCACAACUCCAAAUACAACAUUUGCACGAACGGCUUUCCAUUCGUGAGGGGCAUGCCCUUUUGCGUAAGAAGCUGCCAAAUGAGGCGUACACACCGUCCAGGAGUGCGAAGCGAAAGGUAUUCACAUCCGCCACACACAUGCUGCGCGUCUGUACCCCUGCCAAUCGGCCCAUCUGCACAUGUACACCCACGAUCACACAUCCUAUGCACGGCGAGAAGAGAAAAACAUGAUUGCAGUUAUCCUGUUCGUGCUGCUCACACUUUUAACAGAACACAGCAAUACAUACCAAUUCAGCAGCAAGAAAACCCCCCUAAAUUAUAUGUAUGGAACUCGAGGAAUAAAUAUAUGUACCCCCCAAAAGAGAGCCUGCUCCAGAUUUAUUAGCAAACUGGUAAGCUGUAAAAAAGCGUCAUGCCUUCCUGUAGGUGGGGACAGAGGAGGUAAAGCGAGACACACUUCUAAUGACUUCACCAAUGGUGGGGGGAAAAGGAGAUAUUUCAAAUCGGCAAACAGGAAUAAACUGUUUUAUAACAUCACCCUGCGAACGAAUGAGGGAGAAAAGAAAAUUCAGUGUGAUGAAGAUGAGUACAUAUUAGAUGCCAGCGAAAGACAGAACGUUGAGCUGCCGUACAGCUGUAGGGGAGGAAGCUGUUCCACUUGUGCUGCGAAGUUAGUCGAAGGGGAGGUGGACAAUGAGGACCAGAGCUACCUGGACGAGGAUCAGCUGAAGAAGAAAUAUGUUCUUUUGUGUACUUGCUACCCCAAGUCGGAUUGCGUUAUCGAAACGCACAAGGAGGAUGAGCUGCACGAUAUGUGA